GGUGUCGUGUAUGUGGGCUCACGUAUGGGUGACUCGCAGUUAGUGAAACUCAACUUAGAGCCCAAUGAGAGCGGAGGGUUUGUCGACAUUAUCGAGACGUAUACUAAUUUGGGUCCAAUUGUCGAUAUGAUUGUCGUGGACCUGGAUAGACAGGGUCAGGGACAGCUCAUCACCUGUUCCGGUGCUUUCAAAGAAGGUUCGUUACGUAUAAUCCGUAAUGGGAUCGGUAUUCAAGAACAGGCCACUAUAGACUUGCCGGGCAUUAAGGGGGUCUGGCAGUUGAGGGUCAACUCGGCGUACGAUAACAUACUUGUGCUGUCAUUUGUGGGUCAGACCAAAGUGCUUAUGCUUACCGGUGAAGAAGUAGAG